AUGGUAACUUUGAUACGCAAUUCAAUUGGUGCGUUAUCGAAGUGUGAGGCGGUGUUGUUGUGUGCUGCGGGCGAUCUGACAAAACCACUCCUAUUAUCGAGAACUUUUUCGCAACAGUUCUUCAAGGUCGAGCAAGUCCCAAGUAAUCGUAAAGUUGGGACACGAAAAAAGAAACUUGAGAAGACACUAGGGAAAAAAUUCAAGCAACGUCUUUCGGAUUAUCUUAAAGUUAUGGCUACUCCAGAAGUCGAGGAGCAAUUAGAACCAUUGCGUGCUUCUGUUAAAGAAUACGGCGACUUGGUUCGUACGUUGAAGCAGAAUGGUGCUGCCAAGGUGGAUGUGGAUCGUGCGGUAGUGGAACUGAAGGCUCGUAAGAAAAAACUGGAGGAUCGUGAAUUGGCACUUGCACCCAAAGGGGCCGCUUUCGAUCGACUCAAACUUGAGGAUCUUUUGAAGCGACGAUUCUUUUAUGAUCAAUCGUUCGCUAUCUAUGGAGGUGUAACUGGCUUAUAUGAUUUUGGUCCGAUGGGAUGUGCCAUGAAGGCGAAUAUGAUAGAUUUAUGGCGUAAACACUUCAUUUUGGAGGAAGGAAUGCUCGAAGUGGAUUGCUCUGCACUCACACCUGAAGCUGUGCUGAAGUUAGUUGAUUCUUAUCGAUUUCAGUAUCACUUGCAGCUUGCAUGGUUUUGCAACUAUCCUGAAUUUCUAGCAGUGGCUUGCAAUGGAUAUGAUCCUAACGUUUACUGGAUCAGAGCCUCAGGACACGUGGAACGAUUUGCGGAUUGGAUGGUGAAAGAUAUGAAAACGGGUGAAUGUUUUCGUGCCGAUCAUCUUAUAAAAAAUCAUGCCGAAAAACUUUUAGAGGAUAAAAAGACAAGUGCUGAGGAUCGAGAAGCUCUUGUCGAUGUUUUGGUUAAAUUGGAUGGCUUUAAUGAUAAGGAUAUGUUAGAAGUGAUCAGAAAGUUCAAUUUCAAAUCUCCAACAACGGGUAAUGAUGUGACGGAUCCAAUAGCAUUCAAUCUAAUGUUUUCAACUGUGAUCGGUCCAACGGGUGAUUUCAAGGCAUUCUUAAGACCCGAAACUGCUCAGGGAAUAUUCGUCAAUUUCAAACGCCUUCUUGAGUUCAAUCAGGGUAAAUUGCCAUUCGCAGCUGCUCAGAUUGGUUCAGGAUUUCGUAAUGAAAUCUCGCCGCGUCAAGGUUUGAUCCGAGUUCGUGAGUUUACAAUGUGCGAAAUCGAGCAUUUCGUUGAUCCAAACAAUAAAUCGCAUCCAAAAUUCGCCAAAGUCGCCAACUACGAACUGACACUGUUCUCGGCGUGCAAUCAGAUGGAUGGUAGACCGGCUGAAGUUUGCGCGAUUGGCGAUGCAGUUGCUAAGCGAUUAGUUGCGAAUGAAACAUUGGGAUAUUAUAUGGUGAGAGUGCAUCAGUAUCUGUUGAAAGUUGGUGUAGAUCCGCGUAGACUUCGAUUCAGACAGCAUUUGGCAAAUGAAAUGGCACAUUAUGCUAGUGAUUGUUGGGACGCGGAAAUUUUGACAUCGUACGGAUGGAUCGAAUGUGUUGGUAAUGCGGAUCGUGCAUGUUUUGAUCUUCAUCAGCACCAGAAAGCGACCAAUGUGAAGUUAACGGCUGAAAAACAGUUGGACGAAGCCAAAACCGUGCAGAUAACUGAGGCUGUUCCAAAUAAAGCGGCAAUUGGUAAAGCAUUUAAAGCGAAUGCGAGACAGAUCAUGGCGAGACUCGCUGAAUUGUCCGUUGAAGACAUCGAAUUGCUUGAGAAGGAAAUCAAAUCGAACGGCAAAGCGACACUCGCAUAUGAGGGCGGUGAAGCCGAGUUGAACGGGAAUAUGUUCUCGGUAAAAAAGUAUGAGAAGAAGGUUCAUGUUGAAGAGGUGACACCAUCGGUAAUAGAGCCAUCGUUUGGUAUCGGUCGUGUUAUGUACGCUGUUUUGGAACAUGCAUUCCGUCAGCGUGAAGGCGAUGAACAACGCAAUUUCUUGGCUCUACCACCACAAAUAGCACCAAUCAAGUGCUCAGUUCUGCCGAUUUCAUCGAAUAACAAACUUGACCCAAUAUUAGAUGCGGUUCGUGAGGAGUUGGCCAACCAUGAAAUUAGUUGUAGGCAGGAUGACAGUGCUGGUUCGAUCGGUCGACGCUAUGCACGUACUGAUGAAAUUGGAAUUCCGUUUGGUGUGACUGUCGACUUUGAAUCAGAGAAACAACCGUGGACUGUUACUUUGCGCUAUGCACUCACCAUGGAACAAGUUAGACUGAAGGUGACGGAGUUAGGUGCUGCCGUACACGCAUUAUGUACCGGUCGGAUGACGUGGGAGGAAGCACAAGCAAAGUUCCCGAAGUUCGAGCAAAAGGCUGAUGCAUAG